GACAGCGUCAUGGUGGCCUCCUGACUGAGUCUGCCAUCUCCACCCUCCGCAGGAAGCCGGCAGGAAGAGCUGCUUCCAAUCCGACCUUUCCUGUUGAGAUAACCGGGUGCGGCUUCUCGAGUAUCCGGAGGGGGUGCUUCCUACAGGAAAAAGACAACAACAUGGAAAAGCCGCCGGUCAUUGAGUGUACACCUGGGGGAGGAGCAGGGGCCACCAACAGUGCCACUAGUACCGCUGCUAGGAAACCUCCCCGGCCCGCCGCACCCCCUUCACUUCCACACUCAUUGCCGAGCACUCGCCAGCCUAGCCAGGAGGCUUUAGAUAGCCCUACUGGAUCACAUGUUGAAUGGUGCAAGCAACUUAUUGCAGCUACAAUAUCCAGCCAGAUUUCUAGUUCUGUACCAUCAGAAAAUGUAUCUCGAGAUUACAGGGCUUUAAGAGAUGGCAAUAAGCUGGCACAGAUGGAAGAAGCACCGUUAUUUCCUGGAGAGAACAUAAAGGCUAUUGCUAAGGAUGUUAUGUAUAUCUGUCCAUUUUGGGGAGCAGUAUCAGGAACUCUAACCAUAACUGAUUUUAAAAUGUACUUCAAAAACAUUGAACGGGAUCCACCUUUUACCUUGGAUGUUCCAUUAGGAGUGAUAAGUAGAGUGGAGAGAAUUGGUGUGCAGAGCCAUGGAAACAAUUCAUGUGGUAUAGAAGUUGUUUGCAAGGAUAUGAGAAACCUGCGUCUAGCAUACAAGCAGGAAGAGCAGAGCAAGCUGGAAAUUUUUGAAAACCUCAUAAAACAUGCCUUUCCUCUUUCUAAUGGCUUGCCACUUUUCGCUUUUAGUUACAAAGAAAAGUUUGCUGUGAAUGGAUGGAAAGUGUAUGACCCCACUGCAGAAUAUAAAAGACAGGGUUUGCCAAAUGAGAGUUGGAAAAUAUCCAAGAUCAAUAACACGUAUGAGCUGUGUGACACUUACCCCUCUGUCUUUGUGGUACCCAGUAGUGUGGCAGAUGACGAUCUUGCAAGAGUUGCAGCUUUUAGGUCAAAAGGUCGUAUUCCGGUUUUGUCAUGGAUUCACCCAGAAAGCCAAGCAACAAUCACGCGCUGCAGCCAGCCUUUAGUUGGACCAAAUGAUAAACGUUGUAAAGAGGAUGAAAAGUAUUUACAGACUAUAAUGGACGCUAACGCCCAGUCACACAAACUCAUUAUAUUUGAUGCCAGACAAAACAGUGUGGCUGACACAAACAAGACCAAAGGAGGAGGAUACGAGAGUGAAAGUGCCUAUCCAAAUGCAGAGCUGAUAUUUUUGGAAAUUCACAACAUUCAUGUCAUGAGAGAAUCCCUGCGUAAGCUGAAGGAGAUUGUGUACCCAUCUAUAGAUGAGUCUCGGUGGCUGUCCAAUCUUGAUGGCACACAUUGGCUCGAAUAUAUUAGGAUGCUCCUUGCUGGAUCUGUGAGGAUUGCUGAUAAGGUUGAGUCCAGUAAAACGUCAGUGGUGGUACACUGCAGCGACGGCUGGGACCGCACAGCACAGCUGACAUCUCUGGCUAUGUUAAUGUUGGACAGCUACUACAGAACAAUCAAUGGAUUUGAGGUCCUCAUAGAGAAAGAAUGGAUGAGCUUUGGCCAUCGUUUUGCAUUGAGAGUGGGCCAUGGAUAUGACAAUCACUCAGAUGCUGAUCGUUCACCGAUUUUUCUUCAGUUCAUUGACUGUGUGUGGCAAAUGACAAAUCAGUUUCCUGCAGCAUUUGAGUUUAAUGAGCUUUUCCUUAUCACAAUAUUGGAUCAUCUUUACAGUUGUCUAUUUGGAACAUUUUUGUAUAAUUGUGAACAGCACAGAAUGAAAGAGGACCUACACACACAGACAAUAUCUUUGUGGGCCUACAUUAAUAGUCACGUGGAUGAAUUCACAAAUCCUUUUUAUGUGAACUAUGAACACCAUGUACUUUAUCCAGUUGCCAGUCUGAGCCACUUGGAACUAUGGGUCAAUUAUUACAUUAGAUGGAACCCUAGAACGAGACCACAGAUGCCAAUUCAUCAGAAUCUGCAGGACCUCCUGGCUAUCCGUGCAGAACUUCAGAAGAAGGUAGAAGAGCUACAGCGAGAAGCUGCAACUAGAUCUGUUUCAUCAUCAUCCGACAGAGGAUCUUCUCCUUCUCAUUCUGCAACCCCAGUGCACACUGCUGUCUGAUAAAGCAGCGAUAAACGAGAAAUAAGCAAAGCGAAAAGUUCACUUUCUCCUAGAAACAACUCUUUUCUGACAAAGACCAACGGACUGGGUUUAAAAACCUUUAUCUUAGCAGAGACUAUAAGAAUGCUAGUCAUACUCUCAUGGGAACAAAAACUUUCUAAGCUUAACACUCUAGUUUUUGUACAUAUAGGUUUUAUCGUCUGAUAUUGUUUACAUUCAUGUGGCUUUGGUUACUUUUAUUCCAGUUACAAUUUGAACAAGUCAACAAAGGAAGUUUACAGUUUGUGGAAA